AUGUCAGCUAGAGGAUACAAGAUCAUUGAAGAAAAAUAUUAUCUAAAGACUGGAUUGAAGCAUGAUAGGAGGCAGUUAAGGAAUAGGCUAUCUGGGUUGAAAACACUGUACUAUUUCUGGAAGGCUUUGUGGACAAACAGUGGGUUGGGUAGGGAUGCGGAUGGAAAUGUAACAGCAUCAGAUCAAUGGUGGGAAGAUAACACCAAGGGAAAGAAAUGGGAAUGUAAAAAACUGAAAGGUGAUGCACCAGAGUACAUUGACCAGCUUGAGGAGAUCUUCCAUGAGUGCACUAUAGAUGGUUCUACUUCCUUCAAUCCUGCAGUAGAGGAAGACCAAGAAGAACAAGAGGAAGAACCAACAGCUGAUUUUGUUGACAACCCUGUUAGCAUCAAUACAAGGAAGAGGCUGAGCAGUAAUAGCAUAAGAUCAACAGCAUCUAACCCUGGAAAAAAAUCUAAAAGUCCAAUUGUUCAGGCUAUUGAUAGUUUUGUGGAAAAAUGGUCACAGUCUGAUCAGAACCAACAGAAGUUGUUGAAGAGACAAGUUGACAGAGAGGAUGCUAGUUCCUCCACUGAGUACUCAAGUGAUGAUGAAGACAAUUACACCAUGGAAGAGUGUGGUAAUCAAGAUGAAAUUAUUGAGUUGAUAAUGAAUACUCAUAAGAGGAACCGCGAAGUCGCCUUUUUCCUGUUUACAAUUGGAUGA